AGUGGGUUCGUGCGUUAGCAUGGCGAGUCGUCGCCAGCAAGGCAAGAAACAUAAUUUUGUCCCAAAGCCAAAAGAGAUUACGCUGAGCAUUUACAUCUGGACAGAUCGCUAUCCAACUAAAGGAGAAAGGCGAACACUACUCGAAGACUUUAACAACCUUCUUGAAGCUCACAAAUACCACGUUAAGGAAGUGGGUGAGCCUUCGGACAUUGGUCUUAAUGCCCGCAACAUCAAAAUCAGUUUAAAGACAACAGAACACCGGACGAAGUUCAAGUUUUUCAAGAAGCUCAGGGAAGACUGGUCUUCCUCAAUUUGUAAACUCGGAGAGCCCUUUUGGCUAGAGUCAGCGGAAACAUCCCGUGAAACGUUCAAAUACAAAUUUGAUGAUACAAGGCAAGUCCUACAAGCCUCUUUCUUCAGCUUUGGCAAUUUUCUCGACCGCGGAACAUACAUACAGCACUGGUCCAGCGAAGAAAAUGACAGCCUCAUCGAAAACGGAAAUAUUCAAGUCGAGUUUGAGCAUGAUACCAAACUCCUCUCUCUUACUUAUUUCAAGAACGGCGCCCCGGAAGGUUUCAAAGAGGUCCGAAUUGAAAUGGAAUUCAGGCAGUUGGAAGAUUACAUUGUUGUAGACGAAAAAACUGCUCAGAGAAAUGUCAAGUUUUAUUUUCUGCUUCAGUGGCCGCCAAAAGUACUUCAAGGUAAAAAAUAAGAAAAUAAUAAAUAAACGAUUAAAACUGCAAAGACACAGAGAUCGUGGGUUUCAAGGAGUACUUAUAAUUUGAAACUGCACCGAUGUUCAAUCAAAAGCAAAUGAAUCAACAGUUUAAAAAAAAUGCUCAUAGUUUUUGUAUAACCUAACCUGAGAAAUACACAGCCGAAAGUUAGUGACGCCAACAAUCCCCCCACCCCCUCCAGCCUGAAAUGAGGUUCUGAAGAACGAGCGCAAAAGUUCCAUAUUGAUAACGGGUCACUACCCGACGUACUUGUUUACUAAAUUCAGUAAUAACGGAUCAUUGUUUUUAUAGAUUUGUAUAUAUUCCGUUAGUUUUAAUUUUUUCUUUUUUUUAUCAUUAUGAAUAAGAUGGUUUAAUAGUUGCUUUAGUUUUAAUUUUUUCCUUUUUUACUCAUUGUAAAGAUAAUAGGAUAUGGUUGUAAAUUUGUAAAUAUUUUUCAAUAAUGUUGUUUACAUGACUGUAAAGCGCCUUGAACAUAGGAUAAGAGCGCUAUAGAAAUAAAGUUAUUAUUAUUAUUAUUAUUAUUAUUAAUAUCAAGGUUGUGCUUCUCAUUGAUUGAAAAUGCACUCAUCUCACUUACCUUUAACACUUUGCAUGCUGUACAGCUUAUUUUUAUAGACCCUCUUUACUUUCUCCUUUGGCUUUUGUAACGCUCAGUACAAUUGUAUCACCCCUUGCUUGCUUACUUGCUUAUUUCGAGCGAACUCGAACUCCAUUAACUAACUUCAUCCAUUCCUUCCGGUUUCCCAUGAUGCUCUUCAGUUCAGCAAUGCUCAAACCAGUAUCAUUUCGCAGCUGGUCUACAGAUGUUGUUGCUGGUCUUCCUCUCUUUCUUGCGCCGUGGUUUGGUUCCCAGAGUAGUAGAUCACUUAUCACCUCAUCCUUUUUUCUCCAACAUUGUCCUAUAAACCGCAGCCUCCUGAUCAUCAGUGUAUCUGUAAUCUUAGGAAGGUUGCCGUACAGUUGUUUGUUGGUUUUAUGCUCCUUCCAGGAAACUCCAAUAACUGCUAUGAGCAUUCUUGUGUACGUACCAUCUAGUCUAUUCCUCAUCGUAUACUAAUGACAUAUAAUUUAUUAAAAUCAUCUUUGUUGUGCAGAGGUACAAGUCAAUAACCACACCAACUAUGACCGCCUUACCAGCUUCUUAGGAUGCAGACGAGAGGUCCUUGGUUCCAGUUCGGUAUUAUGCCUCAGCUUUCAGCUUCCUGGAGGAGGUGACGAGGAUGAAGUUGACUCCCCACUGGGACUCAUGGCUUGUCUUUCAAUCAGAGGUAAAAUAAUACCCUCAUUUCCAUGCAACUCUUGGCCUGUGACAAAGGUCUUCCCAUGCGGUAGAGGAAGCUUCUUUUAAAUCAUGAGCGGAAUGUACCUAACAUGUAUCCCAUAAACCUAUUUUAUUUAUUUAUUUAUUUUCACCGAUAAAUUCACAGGCGACUCGGAAGGAAAGAGUUCACUUUAGGUUCCCACAGGAGUCGAAACUUACGAUAUCUUAUUUACUCGUUAGAUGCCCCACCAUUGAGAUAUAAAAGAGUCGUGGGAGCUAAGAUCAUUUAAUUUUUGAUAGUUUUUCCUUUAGAAAUGAACAAGAUCGAGUUGGAACACUCUGUUGUACAAAGGAUCCGCCAUCAUUGUAGAUCUGUAAAUCGCUUUUAUGCUGAUUUGUGUUCCUUCUCUUAUUCGCUCCGAUUAUCUUCUUAUCGUCGUAUUAUAAUGAUUUAUUCUUUCUUUCUUUCUUUCCUGUUUCUUUCUUUCUUACUCGUUGGGACCCCGGUUCCGUUUGUUUGCCCCUUAUUAAGCCUGGUCCAAAAAGAUUUGGGAUCUUUACUUGAACCUUUCUAAAUCAAAUAAAUAAAUAAAUAAAUAAAUAAAAAAGUCGACCUCUUCUUAGAGUCCUUUCAACUAUUGUAUUAUUACGGCUUCUUAAAGUGAGGAAAGAAAAUCUGAAACAAAAAAUGGCGCGCUUAUGUGGUGAAAGCCUGUGGUUCUAGACCUGAGUGAUGUAAUAAGUGUCAUAUAUUUUAUCUACUAGGCUUUGCUAUGAAGUUUGGAGCUGUUCGUAGAAAAUCUCCUCGAGGUCCCACAGAAGAACCAAUGAAGCCUUCAUUUUCAGACUAUAAGAUCACGUACGCUUUGGAAUGCCUUCUGUCCAGGGGAUACAAAGUACGUGAUCGUAUUUCACGACGUUUUUACGAUCUGUUACGAAAGGCCACCGACAGAUACGAAUCACUUCUUGAUAAUAAACUUGUUUCCCCUGAAAGAGUUUGCAACGCGCUUUACAGAUUGGUAAGUUUUGCGGACAAUGAUCGCUUCAUCCCUCUUGAGCACCAUUUGGAAAGUUUAUUGUAUGGAGAAAUGAAGCAUUCUACAGCAUUUGAGUUCGAGCUUCCAAAGCAUUACGUUUACAUUCCGCGUCUCAUAGUAACCCCGACCCAAGAUUUCCUUGUGCUGCCAGAGUUAGUCGCAGAGAAUCGAGUAAUCAGAGACUACGAUCAUAAGCAGGCAAUGAGAAUUGCAUUUCGAGAAGAAGACUUUUCCAAGCUUGCAUCCACUUACCCAGAUGGCCUUGAACAAGUGUUACAAGAGCGCGUCAGAGAUCUCCUAUCGCACAAAAUUAAAAUUGGUGGUCGAGAAUUUGAGUUUUUGGCAUGCUCCAACAGCCAGUUACGCGACCACGGUGCGUGGCUGUAUGCAACUGACGGAGAUCAUACUGCCGCUCAGAUUAGACAAUCUCUAGGGCAAUUAAAUGAAAUCAGAUGCGUUGCGACAUAUGUGUCAAGAAUGGGCCAGUGCUUUUCCUCCACGAAAGAGGCCGUAACUGUGAGAAUUGAAGACGGGUGCAAGAUCGGAAUGAUACCAGAUAUAGAAGUAGAUUACCAAAAUGUGUUCUUCAAGUGUUGCAACAACUGGAGAUCUGGAACUUACACUUUCAGCGAUGGAGUUGGAAAAAUUAGCAAGGCUUUGGCCAGGAAUGUAAGAGACUAAAUUAUUUAUUGCCAUGUUAUUAUUUUACGAAGCCAAAAAUAAAAUAAAAAAACUAGUAAGGAGGAGGUCAUGUAAUCAUCCUUUCAAUUUUAUUCCGGCAUUUUACAGUUGUGCUAUGAUCAUGUACUGCUGACGUGGCGGGAUCAGGCCUGAAAUGACAUGGAUAUCUGCAUAAAUUCUUCACAUCAUACACAGCUUCAUUCAAUAUAUAGUAGUUAAGUAUUAACAUCAGAAGUUAGAUGAUCUAACAAAUCUACCAAAUCUUAUUGAAGCAAACGACGUAAUAUCAUACCCCUAAGUCUUUUAACAAAGCACACACUGCUCAGAAUGUGGCUGGAAAAUGUUCCGAAAAUGUACCGAAUAUGCAUGUUAAAGGAUCUCAAAGAACUUUUCGAUCUUCUUUAAGGUGUGUUCCUAUAUUCUUUGUAAUUUCCUGAAGAUUAUGGAAUGUUUCCAGCAAUUACUGUAUUACUUCGUUUUUUCCUUUCAGGUUGCAGACAGCCUUGAUCUGGACCCGAUUCCAUCGGCUUAUCAGAUUCGCUAUCAAGGUUGCAAGGGGAUGUUAGCAAUAGAUCCCAGUCUUCCAAAUGGUGACGUCAAAGAGAUACUGUUGUAUCGAAAGAGCAUGAACAAGUUUGUAUCAUCUCACUCUGCGCUAGAGAUCUGCGAGGCAACAAAACCAAGUGAGUUGGGCAAAUCUUGUUGUUAAGUUGUCUUUUUUUAAAAGUUAUUUGUAUGUUAAUUGUUUGUUUGUUUGUUUGUUUACACUUACAAUGAGUGGGAAAUGCAUCAUAUGAACUGGGGUUUAAGAUGGAUUUCUCUUUGCACUGCGCAUCUUUUACUGCGCAUAACAAGACGGCCGCCGUGAAAAAAGAGCAUCCAAAUUAACAUUAUUAAAAUGAAGUAACGUCAUUAGAAUUUUCGGUUGCGGUUGAUUCUUGCCGAUAUGAGACAAUGUGUUGGGAAUGUGCAUAACGUAAGCAGUACGCGUGUUGCUGAGUUCGACUUUAUCAGGGAGAACCUCGAUCGAUAGUGGACGUUAAUCGUGUACUAUCUCACUUCGAUUUUCAUUUAAGCACCAUCUUUAUCACAUUUCGUCCUGCCUGUGAUAUGUCGAUGUAAAUUCUGAAAAUAAAAAAACAGAUUAUUUGAUGCCUUCUCCCCCCUUCCACAUACAUGCCUUUUUGAAACCCGCCCCAGUCCUCUCUCAAUAAUCGGAGAAAAUGCAUGUGGUGCGCACUUUCUGCAUUUUAAGGAGAAUUGGCAUAAAUCUAUGUUCAGUUUUUUGGCAAUUUUACUAAAUUGUACGGAUUGGGCUAUCACGAGUCUAAUAGCGCGUGUACAAAUUAAGUCUACUUUAGAGCGUAAAGUAAAAACAAGGCCUAAAAAGGCAUUUUUUUCUGGUACGUCAGUGGAUAAACAAUACAUUUAAAUCAAAUUGUGCGCGGUACCACGCGCAUCAUCGAAAAUAUUUCUCCUUUUUGUCUAGUUUUGGGCUGCCCGCGGUUUUUUCCAAAGGGUCCUAAACAAUCUCGACUCAGAGCUCUUCUCAAAACGAGCACGGUGACCCCUACUUUUAAUUACUUUUUUGUCAUCUUAUUGACUUGGUUCAUCAGUGUACCAAGUUUUAUCUACAAUCUACGUUAGGUUCUUUCACUAAGGAAUCACCUUAAACAAGAGAGAAUGAGCUUCUCUCUUGCCUUAGCCAACUAUCUCCCAUCCACUCUGCAUUAAUGUCCAAUUUGCAUUUUUGUCAUUUUUAGUUUUGGUUAAUUUAAGACAACGGGGCAAAUGCUGAUCUAAAUCUAUAUCGGCUUUAAACAAGUACUAGGCCUAUUUCACCGAUUAAAGUCGCUGAUAACUCCAUGGGAUGAGCAAAAAAAAGUAGAGGUUUUUACUUUGGGGUAAAUGAAUCUUGCAACCGGUUUAUAGAGAUAUCCUUUGUUUAAUAAUUUUCAGAUCUUUUGUACCUUAAUCGACAGUGUAUCAUCCUCUUAAGUGGCCUUGGGGUUUCGGAUGAUACAUUUAUAGCUCUGCAAGACAAAAUGCUUCGCAGCCUUGCUCUGAUGUUACUUUUUGAAAUGGUGGCCUUGGACACCCUCCGUCACGUAAACAUCCCUGGUGGCAUAAAAGUGACAGCGUUGUCGCGUAGUGGCGUGAAGUUCACACGGGAACCGUUCUUUCGCUCUCUCCUAUUGGCGAUAUACAAGAGUCGACUGGGAGACUUGUUACGAAGAGCCCGGAUUGCCAUCCCAGAAACCCACGGGCGACUAUUAAUGGGCGUCAUAGAUGAAACGGGAUUUCUACAGUAUGGGCAGGUUUUUGUUCGUUACUCAAAGCUGGUCAGUGAGCCAGGAAAAGAAUUAACAACUCUAAAAGGCAGAGUUGUGAUAAGUAAAAACCCUUGCUUUCAUCCAGGUAAAAUUUAUUUUGAAGUUAAUUCUUACGAACAGCUUAUUCAAGGUCCUUUCCAUUAUGUUUCGAAAAACCAGAAUAUGAUUCACACGAGAACAUCGCAUGAGAGUCAAAGCCGCAAAAGUUAGAUCUGGCCGGCGAGACCAAUCAUCUUGAAAAUGAAAUGGGUUUAUUGCAUGCGGGUUUUCGCUAAGAGGGCUGCUGGGCAUAGUAUUUGAGAACAGACUAAUCUGGUCAAACAGAUCUGUUUAAGAGCGGAAUUCUCUUAGUUCACAAAUGGGAAGGUCUGGCCUGCCAGUUCUGAGUUAUGCCAAUCCCUUAUUUCCAUUUUUUUUGGUUCUACAGUGAAGUAAUACAGCAAGUCGAACUGUCGAACUUGCGCUUGAGUGAUUAUUGCUAAUAAAAGUUUGACAUUUAGGUAAACUCUACACGAGACUGCCAUUCAAAAAUAGAAGUUUCAGUGGUAAGCUGUCUGUAAGCAAUUCUUCUACGAGAGGAUUUGCACAAGACCAAGAAAGUAUUAUAAGACAGGGAGGGCGAUUUCCGGCCCCUUUGCUUGGAAAUGUGAAAAGUUAUUGGCGGAUUGGGAAUAAUUGGUCAACAAUUAGCAGAAAAGUAUGAAAAAUUUAGCUACGACUUCACUCUUUUGGUCCUAUUAAUUUUCUCCUUCUCAAGGCCAGGAUCCGGAUCCCCAGUACGUUAUACACAACUGUAAAACAAAAAUAGUAAAAGUACUUAAACUGAAAUGGACUAAUUUGUAGUUAUACUGGAUACAAUCAAGCCUUUGAGUUAAAGCCAGGUUGGAGUGACUUUGUUUAAGAUAGAACGCUCUGUGCCAUUCCUUUGAAUAAGAACAUGAUUUGCAUAUUAGUUGUAGGGUUUCUAUGAAAUGUAGGUCAUCUUCAGUCUGGCUUCAAUGAAUGGAAGACUAAGACACCAAUACGUUUUACUUAUUUACUUAAAACACAGCCUUUUUUGGACGUUUUCUUCUCUGUGCUAUAUUUCACCCAUUUCUCUUUUGAAUCCAACGUUACUGCUACAGUCAUAUGCAACAAUCAGUGUAAUCAUUCCAUUUUGUCUUGUUUGCUUGUUAUUUUUUUUUUUUUGCUUCUNAGUUUGUAUCUGAUUACAUAAAAAAUGAUCAACUUGGGAUCAUUGCGAACGCACAUUUGGUUCACGCUGAUCAUGAUGACGAAGGUAAGUAAAAAACCUCAGUGAAAGGGUUAAGCAGUAUGCGGUUAAUUGCAGCGUAAAGUAAACGAUCACCCUAAAAACUAUCCAAUACUCUAUCUAUCUAUCUAUCUAUCUAUCUAUCUAUCUAUCUAUCUAUCUAUUUAUCUAUCUAUCUAUCUAUCUAUCUGUCUGUCUGUCUGUCUGUCUGUCUGUCUGUCUGUCUAUCUAUCUAUCUAUCUACUCAUUGCUAUUAUUAACUUAUUUCCUCUUCCCUCAUCAAGGAAUAUUUUCCAGUGAGUGUAUCAAGUUGGCUCAUAUGCACUCUGACGCAGUAGAUUUUCCAAAGACAGGCAAGUGUCCAUCACUUCCCCGAGAACUAAGACCUGAUCAGUAUCCGGACUUUAUGAUGAAGGCCGGCAAACCGCGAUACAAGUAAGUGAAUCAACAUUUUGUAAAUAGGUUAUAUUUCGUUUAACGCCAUAUUUCAUAAGGUUGUAUAAAGCUAGUCUACCAAGCUAUACUAUCCCGUAGCAUGUCCUACUACAUCAUCCACUCUAAUGGCUUUAUCCUAAACGCCAUGGAUAAAAAGAAACUUACUGCCUCCGUCGUUUUAGACAUGAGCAAAGCUUUCGACAGUCUCAACCAUGAACUACUAAUAGAGAAACUACGGCAUAUAGGUUUAUCCAGCCAGGCGAUUUUACAAAUGUAUGGUUCCUGAGCUAUCUUUCAUCUAGAUAUCAAACAGUACGUAUCAAUAAAAGUUUUUUUGACUUUCUAACUGUGACGACUUAAGUACCACAAGGAUCCAUCUUGGGACCCCUGCUUUUCAGUGUAUAUGUUAAUGAUCUUCCUCAUCCAUUAAAGAAAUGUGAAGUAGACUCUUAUGUAGACGACACAAAAAUGUACUUGUUCUUUAAUAUUAAAAAUAAGGACACAUCGGUCACGGACCUGCAAUAAGAUUUAAUCUCGAUACGUAAUUGGGGUUUUAACAACUCACUCCUAAUUAACCCUGACAAGACUAAUCUGAUCGUCUUUAGAACAAAGCAGAUGCUAUCUCGUUUAGACGACUUCAAGUUAUCGCUUCUUGGCAAGGAGGUGACUCCAUGUGACUCCGUACGUGAUAUUGGAAUUUAUGUGGAUUCUCAGUUGUCCUAUGACGAACAUAUUUUAAAGACAGUGUCUUCCUGCGUAUCUCGUCUUUGUCAAAUAAAUAGGGUUAAACACGUAUUCGAUCAAAAGACACUCAAAUUUGAAAUUAAUACAUUAGUUUUCAGCAGGUUAUUUUAUUAUUAUUCUGUUUGGUCUAAUACUGCCAAGAAGAAUGUAAAUAAAUCACAAUUAGUACAAAUUUUUGCAGCGCGUAUAUCGUUGUGUAAGUACGGUCAUGUAACACCUAUACUUAAAUCGUGAAAUUAGUUACCCGUCAAAGACCAAUGAUACUUUAGAGAUGCUGGAUUAGUUUUUAAAUAAAUGUCGGGACUAGUGAUCAAUAAAUAACACGUAGUAUUGUAAGUAACCGGAAAACAAAAAAUUCGCUUAUGCUAUUCUAUGCUAUUUAUUUCUGGGCAGAAAACAUUCCACUAUAGGAUAGUCAACAUUUGGAAUAAUUUAGACAACAAUAUUAAGUUAAUCAUUGAUGUUUAUAGUUUUAGGAAUAAGCUUAGAGGGACGCUUUUAAACAAAUUUAAGAGGGAGAGUUAUGAACGUGCGACGGAAUGAUUAUGAUAAUGAUUAAUGAUUUCAAUUCCGAGUAACUGUUAAGGGGGUUGGGUUUAAGAGGGAGAAUUGUUAUAUAUAUGGGAGGGAAUGAUAUUUUAAAUAAUUUGUGAUUUUUAAAUAACAUGCAUGUACUGUCAAUCUUUUUACUUUAUUGUAUGUUUGAAUUCGACCUUUAUUUUUGUAGUUGACGCUGAAAAGGCCCAAAGGGGAAGUGUUCAAUAAAGCAUGUAUAUGCAUGUAUACACUGAAAAAGCGUAUUUUAUCUGGGUUUAUUUGAUUUUUUUUUUACUUAAUUAUCCCCUACCAUUAUUAGGCUUUUCAGGGAUCGAUACUGAAAAAAAAAAAAAAAAUUCCGAUGGAACAAACCGGUACUAGUUGAUUAUUUACAAGCGUGACUGAGGAAUUGAACUCGGCAGCGGACAGACAGGCACUAACGGAGUACAAGAUAGUCCAGCGCUCUAACUGCUCAGCCAAGCUGCCUUCUGGUUUAUCUUCUGUUCAUUUAUGAAGUCAAAACCUAGUUGGAAAAAUUACAUGUAAUCUUUCAUGUUUCGACAAGAUCAAAAUAUAGAAAAUUUGCUCUAAGCUUGUUUUCUUGGGAAUAUUUUUUGUUGUUGUCAUUUGUUAUGUCAUGUCAUGAGUUUGUUUUGUUCUUGUUUCAGUUCUCAAAGAAUACUGGGAAAGCUUUUUCGUAAAUGUCAAUCCCUCGAUCGUGCCCAGCGCUUCUCGGUUGACGCGUCUCAGUCCAAGAUCACACCUGAUGAGGACAUGAUCGUGUCAGGGUACGAGGAGUACCUUGAAGAAGCCAGAACUUUCCGAAAUCUCUACAACACAAAGUUGGAAGGUCUUAUGUCCUUGUAUGGCUUGAAAAAUGAAGGAGAAGUGAUUACAGGGUGCCUCGUUAAAGUCAAUACUCGACUUUCUGCCAAAACAGAUGAGAAGUUUGAAGUGGCUCAGAUGAUACUAGCAAGUCUUGCUACUCUUCGUGCCAACACUCGGCGCGAUUUCUAUGAUGAAUUUGGAGGUGAAGAAGCUGUAAUGGAGGAGUUUGAGGACAACGGCAAAUUUAGCAAUGACGUUAUGAAGAAGGCGUCAGCGUGGUACAUGGUAACGUACGGAGAGGAGGACGAGGAAGAAGCCACAAACACUGACGUUAAGGCAUCGACCAGUGAUAUCAGAGGAAAUCAUCAAACCAGCGAACAAAGAAAUAAGGUCACGUUAAUCAGCUUCCCUUGGAUCGUGGACCGAAUCCUGGCUAAGAUCAAGGACACCAAGCAGAAAGAAAGAAAAGCUAAAGGCAUCCAACAGCAGCAUACACUAAAUGCAGUCAGUGACCUUGUCACGGACCAAGCAGCUUACUUUUUUGACGGUUUGAAAUCAAAUGUGUCAGACGACCGAAACAUGCGAAUUGAGGAGAAAGACAAAUUGCAAAGGAUGCUAAACCAGGCUUUGGCGGGAGGACCCGUGCCACGAAUUUCCUUGUGCGGCGAGUCUCUGACGAGUAUCUCUUCAGGAGACGAUCGACAAGACCAGCAGCACAUUGAAAUCUAUUUACACGGUCGUGGGUGGAACGCCACGAGGGAAGAACAGUUUAACUACCUACGGAGUUUAGAGAGAGCACUAAAGCGACACGGUGACGCACAUCUACAACAGGGAUACCCUCCCAUGUUACGUUUUCAACGGUCACAAGGUAAGAACGUUUUCUAAAUCAUGGCGUUGUUAUUGAGUAUUCUUUACUACACUUGUCUGUAACAGACAGCUGACCAAAUUAAUAGGCGUCGACACAGCAAGGAGGUGACGCCAAUGAGAAAGAAGCCCGGCAUUUCUUUCAUUUUCGACUCACGCCACUCUCCGAUCGAACUACUUCGUAAAACUUUUAAAAUAGUUUUUGUGAAAGGGACAAAAAGGGAUAAAAAAAAUUCAAUUCCUUCUUGUCCUUUGGGCAGGCAGUUGUCACAUUUUGCAUGCCCGCGGUCACUUCGUCCGUCUCCAAGCCCUACCAGAACAAACAAACGGAAUGUAAUAAAAUUAAAUGAAAGCUUAUUUUUCUUUGCGCAGGUUUAUUAAGGCAGCAAUAUUUAAUCACCAUGGACACAAACAGAAUGUUGAAAAGUGCGUACAUCGCUCUUCAUGUUCAGCGGUGUCCUCGUCUUUUCCAUCUUCUCUUGGUCGUCAUGCACUGGGGCCGCCGCCGACGCCUCAAUGGCAGCUCCAGAGGUUGCUUCCUGUCAGAUGAGAGUUUAGCCACCCUCUUUAUCACCUUCUGUGAAAAAUCUGGAUUUAUCAAUGAGGUACAAUUUGCUGUGUAAGAUCCUUGAAAGAGCGCUAAGUCGUCCUACACUUUUUCGUGACAUUUCUGGUAAAGAUUACCAAGCCUUCCCAACAACAAAAUAUCACUAAUCAUGACAAUUGCUAAACUAUCUAGUUAAGUCUGUCUGCGAGCCAACGCCGAAAUCCUUCUUCUGAGCCGUACGCGCCAUGAUUAGCAUGUUAAAAAACCAUUGUUGAUGAUUUGAAGUGAAAUUCGAAACGCACUUCCAGUAAUUCGUUGAGAGAUCUCCAGACGCUUCUAAGCAGACGUUGCCAGCCGGGGCUAUGGGCUGUUUAUAUGAUACCGGAAUGACUUUCAUUCCGGAAUGAGUUCCGUUCCAGAGUGAAGUUCGUACUGCAUUCACACGUUAAAAUCGAACGGCUCAGCCUAAGGCGUUCUGGUUCGCUUGGUUUUCGCGCCAAAUCAGAUACCCAUUCGCCACUCGCCCCAGACUACAAGAUUUGCGAUUUUCAAUUUCGGAACGAAGUUUUACCAGAAUGAAAUUUCGUACCAAUACGAGAAUUUCAUUCGGAAUGAAAACAGGAGUGAACUCAUUUCGGAACGACUUGUACGGGAACAAAUGUUCGUCUCGGUAUCAUGUUAACACUAUGCAAAUAAAUACAUGGAGAUGGAAUGAACUCAUCCGGGAAUGGAAGUCAUUCCAGUAUGAUGUAAACAGUAGUCCCUUAGAUUAUAUCUGCGAGUCGGUCUUAAUGAUUGUUUCAUGCAUAAGUGCUGAUCAUAAAUAGGCCUUAUUCUUCAUCUGCCUCCCACAUUUCACGUUGUAUUUGGAAUUUUGCUUGCAGCUUAAAAAAGACGAACUUCAGCCGUUCAUUUCUAGUCUUCUCGAAUCGUCCACACAAACUGCAACCGAAAAUCUGUGGAACGCUGAGGUACUCGGGGAAGGUGAUCUUGGACAGCUGAAGGGCUUUAAAGAUGACGUAACUCCAGGUGACGCAUUGAUUAAGUUCUUUGAACAUUACAGCACGUUGGCCGACGAUGACCGCCUUCAUAUACGUCACAUUAAGAAUCCAGUGACAGGCAGCGAGGAAAUUUGCCCAAACGUGUCACAAGAAGAAAGCGGUCGCUUCUCUGACGCAGCCCUCCAUGCCUUUCACGAGCUGGCGCAGUGUUGUGGUCUGGAUAGUCUAACUGCGUCAAAUAACACAGAGAGUACUCGAGAGCUCAAAGAAACGCUACAGAUGCCAAACACAACCUGGGGCGCACUUCGAUUUGCUGAAGCCUUUGUUCAAAUAAAAUUGUCUAGGAGGACGUCAUCGCUAAUAACAAUUCGGCCUGGUAAUGAUUCUUAUUGAAUUGUUUGUUUGUUUAUUUGUCUGAGUUUUUGAUAGGGAAUGAAUGGGGAAGGAGAGGGGGAUACUCUACACUUAAGUUUCGAUAUUCUACUUCUCACAGGUAAGCUUUAUUAGAGAUAACUUCCUUUACUUCUAAUUUCACUUUAUCAAUCCAACACGAUCUGGUACACCCAAACAAAUUAACAGUCAUGAAUUGAGGUUAGUACGGAUCGCUGAAGAAAUCUUGCACCAUUUACAACUUUAAGUCAACGCAACAACGGAAUUAGAGCUGAAUACGAUAUCAAAACUGGUUGACAGAACAGAAAACACUAACGCGCCUUGAUUUCUACAUGCAGUUAUUUGCAUUUUUCUCGAUGCUUUGUUUCUGAAUCAAUUCAUUCAUUCACACGUUAGUAGGACCGAUUCAUUUCGUAAGUUUAAUUGCACGUUUGGGUGCAAUAAUCAUAUCUUUUCCUUCCUUUUUAGCGCAGAGAUCCGCUGGGUACAUCCUAGAGGCAACAGGGAAUUACCUCACCCUGCACGGUGUACAGAAUGAACUGGAGAAGCUGGAAACCACCUGUCAGUCAUACAUCUAUGACCACACCGUCAGUGGCGGGACGCGUUUCCUGUUUUUAAACCAAAGUAGUCAGGAACAGCGUGUAACCUUCAAGAAGUUAAAUAGAGACUUUGCAGUAAACACUGCUGAAAUGGCUUUACUAAAUUCUGGUGAGGACUUAGCUGCAAGAAAGUUCCAAAAUGCCAUUUCCUCUCAGUUGAGGGUUUACAAUCGCGAAUAUCUGCCCUAUGUUCAUGGUACUGACACGCUUAGCGUCAAAGCAGAGUUUGGAAGUAUUUACGUGGAAAACGUGCCCCCUGUUUCAUUAAUUUUAGGAAGCACUGCUGAAUCCGUCGAGAGUACUUUGAGUGAAAAUGCUGAUCCUAAGAACCAGUCAGCUCGGGGAAGACGCAAUACCCAGCUAAUGAGACAUAAGUUUGUGCCGUUCUCAGGAAGAGUUGCCGCAAGUUCGAUUGCUUUUCUCGAGAGACUUCCCCAAUCGUCCUCAGAAUCAUACACCGUGGGAAUAAAGGCCGGGAAGAAUCACACCCUCACCGUAAAUUACAAUGAAAAUUUGGAAUUCUGUGAUGUAGAAAUCCCUUCUAUCAACUGGGUCGUUGCCGAUGUCAAAGCCCCGCGCUCAAGCAACUCAAAGUCACGUGACAUCGACAUGCGCAUCACCAUCUGCUCCGAGCGUAAACUCGAUGAAGAGGACGAGAAACAGGAAAUUAUGGCGUCGGCUAAUUAUACCAGGUUCAAAUAUGCACUUAGAAGACCUGCAAAUGGCGGCAGUCAGCUUGAACUGGCACAUGAAUUGCAGAACAAGGUUAGUUUUGUCCGUCAUGAUAAAACGUCUACUUAUCGCGUCCCUGACAACAACUCGAUUUUCAUUCAAGUGAAAGAGGUCGAAAAGUAUGAGACCAAAGGACAGAGGUUACUUAACAACCCAAAGACCUUUAUUGAGGAGCAAAUACGGGGAUCCUUCAAUGGUAAAAAUGAAAAUGAAGCAAUGAAUGUUGCAAACGAAGUUUGGGAAGCGGCUAAAAAGCUCAGACAGCACAUAUCGAUUUUAAAUUAA